UUGAUAUUUGUGAUCUUUCUUCUUUCCCCCCUUAGCUUCUCCCUAAUUUCUCAAAACACAAACUAGAAGGCAGCCAUGAGUAGAGGUGGAAGCUUUGGUGGAGGCCAGAGUUCUUUGGGUUAUCUCUUCGGGUCGGAUGAGCAAAAACCUGCACCUCCAGCCUCCCCAACAGUUUGCACACCGCCUUAUGGGAUCGAUUCCACACCAGAGAAGCCACCAAAAAGCCCUCCUCCUCCGGAGAAACAAAAUGUCUCUAACAAUUAUCACAGAGCUCAAGGCCAGAAUUCAGGAAAUUUCAUGACUGGCCGUCCAUCGACCAAAGUUAAGUCUGUUCCCGGUGGAGAUUCUUCUCUUGGGUACUUAUUUGGAGAUAAGUGAUGUUUCUUUCUCCCAAAUUCUCUAUCCCUAAAAAAGUUUUUAAGCAUAGCAGUCAUGUGGGUUUUGUGCUGCAACAAGAAUAAGGAACACUGUUCCCCUCCUCAGUAUUGGUUUUUUUAAGGUUUGUUCCUGGUGUUGAUUCUCUUGCAAGGUUGUCCUAGAAUGUUGAUGGUGUUUGAUUUUUCAUAUGGAUGUGUGUAAGGAUGUGUGGAUUUGUCUCAAGAUGCCAUCUAGCUAAAUUAGGGUUUAUAUGUAUCUAUAUGUAUGGCUAAUGGUUUGUAUGUUUGACAACAUAAAAUAAGAAAAGCAGUUUCUGAAGUGUGUGAAUUUUUUAA